AUGACGAAUCUGAAAAGAGAGGAAGACAUAGAUGAGAAGCAUAUGUACAAUGAGCCCGUCACAACCCUCUUUCAUGACGUUGAAGCUUCACAAACACACCACAGGCGUGGAUCGAUACCAUUAAAAGAUGAGAAAAGUAAAGAUCUGUAUCCAUUACGCUCUUUCCCAACGAGAGUUAAUGGCGAAGAUACUUUCUCUAUGGAGGAUGGUAUAGGCGAUGAAGAUGAAGGCGAAGUACAGAACGCAGAAGUGAAGAGAGAGCUUAAGCAAAGACAUAUUGGUAUGAUUGCCCUUGGUGGUACUAUUGGUACAGGUCUUUUCAUUGGUUUAUCCACACCCUUGACCAACGCCGGCCCAGUGGGCGCUCUUAUAUCAUAUUUAUUUAUGGGUUCUUUGGCAUAUUCUGUCACACAAUCCUUGGGUGAAAUGGCUACAUUUAUCCCCGUUACAUCCUCUUUCACAGUGUUCUCACAGAGAUUCCUUUCUCCCGCAUUUGGUGCAGCCAACGGUUAUAUGUAUUGGUUUUCUUGGGCCAUCACUUUUGCCCUAGAACUUAGUGUAGUUGGCCAAGUCAUUCAAUUUUGGACAAGCAAAGUCCCACUAGCAGCAUGGAUUAGUAUUUUUUGGGUACUUAUCACGAUAAUGAACUUGUUUCCUGUUAAGUAUUACGGUGAAUUCGAGUUUUGGGUUGCUUCCAUUAAGGUCUUAGCCAUUAUCGGUUUUCUAAUUUACUGUUUUUGCAUGGUUUGCGGUGCUGGUGUUACCGGCCCAGUUGGCUUCCGUUAUUGGAGAAACCCAGGUGCCUGGGGCCCAGGUAUUAUAUCUAAGGAUAAAAAUGAGGGGAGGUUCUUAGGUUGGGUUUCCUCUUUGAUUAACGCUGCUUUCACAUUUCAAGGUACUGAACUAGUUGGUAUCACUGCUGGUGAAGCUGCGAACCCCAGAAAGUCCGUUCCAAGAGCCAUCAAAAAGGUUGUUUUCCGUAUUCUAACCUUCUACAUUGGUUCUCUAUUAUUCAUUGGACUUUUGGUCCCAUACAACGACCCUAAAUUAACGGAAUCUACUUCCUACGUUUCUACAUCUCCCUUUAUUAUUGCCAUCGAGAACUCUGGUACAAAGGUUUUGCCACAUAUCUUCAAUGCUGUUAUUUUAACAACUAUUAUUUCUGCAGCAAAUUCAAAUAUCUACGUUGGUUCCCGUAUUUUAUUUGGUCUAUCGAAAAACAAGUUGGCUCCUAAGUUCCUUUCAAAAACCACCAAAGGUGGUGUACCAUACGUUGCGGUUUUCACUACUGCUGUAUUUGGCGCUUUGGCUUACAUGGAAACGUCAACCGGUGGUGACAAAGUAUUUGAGUGGCUGCUAAACAUCACCGGUGUUGCCGGGUUUUUUGCUUGGUUGUUUAUCUCGAUUUCUCACAUCAGAUUUAUGCAAGCUUUGAAAUACCGUGGCAUUUCUCGUGACGAAUUACCAUUCAAAGCCAAAUUAAUGCCUGGUUUGGCUUAUUAUGCCGCCACAUUUAUGAUAAUCAUUAUCAUUAUCCAAGGUUUCACCGCUUUCGCGCCAAAAUUCAAUGGUGUUAGCUUCGCUGCCGCCUAUAUUUCUGUUUUUCUGUUCCUGGCUGUUUGGAUUUUAUUUGAGGCCAUAUUCAGGUGCAGAUUUAUUUGGAAGAUUGAAGAUGUAGAUAUCGAUUCCGAUAGAAGAGAUAUUGAAGCAAUUGUAUGGGAAGAUCAUGAACCAAAGACUUUUUGGGACAAAUUUUGGAAUGUUGUAGCAUAA